AUGGAACAUAGAAACUAUGAAAGUGAAGGGGUAGUUGACACGGAAGGAGAAUUAAGAUCUUCUUUUGCAGAUCUGGAUGAAAGAAGAUUUAAGUUGAAGAAAGUUAAAGACAAGGUUGCUCACCUAAGAAAUUUGUUGGGUGAGGAAACAAAGCAGAUGGGUGAUCUUGACACAAAUCUAAAUGGUAAAACAGACGAUUGUACUAAGCUUGAGAAAGAGGUGCGUAAGCUGAUAAAGGAGUUGAAGGAAGCAAAGGAACAGAUUGAAAAAGGGCUAAAGUUGAAAGGAGGAAGCGAAGUUCUUGAUGUUGUGCUUAAUGCUAAAAAACAAAGAAAAGACAAAGAAGGCUUGGGAUAUGAAAAAGGGGAGUGCUCUAAAGGGAAAGAGAAGAUCAAUGAUCCUCUAGUUCUGAAUGUCCGGAAGUCUCCUCUAGUUUCUAAUAGGUAUACUUUAAAGGCUUAUUGUUUCACUUGCAAUGAAUAUGGAUAUCAAGCUAGUGAGUGUAGAAGUCAAGUAAGGAGUCAGUCGAAUGUGAUAAGAUGUUAUUCAUGCGACAAGAUUGGGCAUAAAGAAAAUGUGUGUAGAACUAGGAUGACUUGGAAUGGAUACAGGAAUACAAAUUUUGGACAAUCAUUUCAUGGAAAAUGUUACUCCUGCAAUAAAUAUGGACAUAAAGCAUUCGAGUGUAGAACAUCUAAUAGAUCUGAAAAUACCAGAAGAUAUGGAAGUUAUCAACAGAGGGAUCUAGUCUAUUACAGUUGCAGUAAAGUAGGACAUGUGGCAAGAGAUUGUAGAAGCAAAUUCAAUAUGUCUUCUAGACCAACAAGGAAAGUGGAUGUUAACCUUGAGAAGGAAAAGAUGAAGAAGAUGCGAGUAAAGAAAUUUGAUGAAAAGAUUGAGAAGAAUACAUGGGUUGUACUGGCACCAACUGAUGGUGUUGCUCCCUCUCGAAAUAAGCUUGUAUGUUGGACUAAGGGGGAGAGAUGA